GCUCUCCUAUGCUGUGGAGUAGAUAAGAGCAGAUGAAGUGUCAAUUACUGUAAUAACUUAUCACCCCUUCUCUCCAACCUUCAUCUCUUUAAAUUCUCUCCAUUUCCUUUCGCUUUCUCCUGUCAGAGAUCCACUAAUUUCAAACGGCAUUCAUUCUCUCCUCCUCUUGAAAUUGAUGGCAAAUAAUUCAGGUUUGCUUAGAAAAUGAGGAUGUCGAAGCGAGAGAGGUGUCAGCUACAAGUAUACUUCACCGGGACUUGAAAGGUCCCACAGCGCGUCUGCUUAAGGGAAUGGCCGAUAGCGUGAUCACAUCUCUGGCUCAUAUGGAAAUCAAGAAUGACGAUCUUGAAAGGGCGAAAACCAUCUUCUCAAAAUAUUACGAGUACUUACCAUAUAAGCGGCAGCAUAGGGAGAGUGUUCUCAACGUCCUGUAUUCUCGUGAAACUGGAACGAGCAGUGCACACUGCUGCAGACCAUCGAGGCGGAAGUGUGCCUUGUCUACUCGCAAGAACCAGUGCUUCUAUAUGAGGUCACUCUGUGCUGCAAAGUUUGGAGCGUCUGUGCAGCCCUUGUCAUAUCCCAUCACUAACGUGAGCAAGAAUACGAAGGAAGGGGAAGAGCAGAUUCUCCGGCCAAGGCAGUUUGAGUACCACCCGACUGACUCCAGCCUGAUGGCUGUUGGGACCCUUGACGGAGAAGUGGUGGUUCUCAACCACGAGACGGGAAAUGUUGUCUCAUGCAUCUUUCCUUCGCGGAGUAUGAAUAGUAUUCUUGGCCUUUGUUGGCUUAAACAACAACCCUCUAAGCUCCUUGUGGGUUCCGAUAACGGUUGCCUGAGAUUGUAUGACGUCAAUGAGGUUGGUAGAAAGGCAGGAGAUAGCUCGGGCGUUGUCUUUGAUGACUUUGAGCUAUUGACCUCCGUUCACGUGAACUCAACCGAUGACCGGUGUCUAACAAGUGGUUACUCGAAGAAAGUUGCCAUAUACGAUAUCUGCAGUGGCCAACGGUUGCAGCUGUUCACAGAUAUGCACCGUGAGCCCAUAAAUGUUGCCAAGUUUUCGAACCACUCUCCUCACCUCUUUGUGACUUCAUCAUUUGACCGUGAUGUGAAGAUGUGGGAUUCAAGACAGACGCCUCUAAGACCUUGCUACUCGGUUAGAAGCUCAAGAGGGAACGUAAUGGUCGUGUUCUCUCCAGACGAUCUUUAUCUACUCGUUUCAGCUGUCGAUAAUGAGGUCAAGCAACUUUUGUCUGUGGACGGGCGUCUUCACACGGAUUUUGGGAUAGUUUCGACAGGAAGUUGUCAUAACUACACGCGGUCGUACUACAUGAGCGGAAGAGACUACAUCAUUAGUGGGAGUUCAGAGGAACCAACGGUCCGCAUCUGCUGCGCGCAUACAGGAAGGCGGCUACGAGAUAUAUCUUUGGAGGAUACAGGGAGAUCAAACUCCAUCUAUGUGCAAUCAUUGAGAAGUGAUCCUUUUAGACAUUUCCACAUGGCAAUCUUGGCAGCGUAUGCUCGACCAUCGAAGUAUGAAAUUAUCAAGAUAAACUUGCUCUCGUCGAGCUCCAGUAUCGAAGAGAGCCAAGGAGGCUUGCAGAUCUCUUUUGGCAAGGGUGGCUAAGGUUCUCUUCCUGUUUCAAUCUAUUUCAGUUUCUGUGAUUAUUCACAAGUGUAUAUAAGAAGAUAAUGUGAAGCUAGUUUUUGGGUUUAUGUAAUUAUAUUCUUGGAACAUAGAAAAAUAUGGGGGCAUGCUUGAUUUCA